CUCUUCCAAAUCUAGGUGAGUCCGUGAAUCUUUUUUUUUUAAAUAGAAGAUUUUCAAUGUUCAGAGAGUUGUAAUCUGUAGAGAUGGCAGAACACUCUAGAGAAAUUGAAUGGAACCGUAUGGUUGUACCUGCAGGAAUGCCAGAGGAAUGCACCAGCAGAGGCUUUGUGCCUUCUCCGUAUUCUUGUCCACAAGGCUUGAGGCCGCUGGAGUGUUGUGUUGAGCCGCCUCAGGAUGCAGAUUCCACAUUUUCCUCGCUAUCCUGGAAAGGCAAAGCGUGUCUGGGAACAGACGAGAGGAGCGAAUUAGGGGAAACGAGCGGCACAUCCAUUUCAACGCCUAUGUUAAGGUUUAGAAGGGCAAGUGAAGUGGACAAUCUGGAUCUUUCCCUCCUUCCCUCUUUACACUCAUCGGAAUUGUUCUGUGCUCCUGGAAAAGCAGACAAGGCCAACCAAUCGUUGCUCCAAAGUCCAUUUCCUGGUUUCCACUCUCCUAACUGUGAAGGCAUUUAUCCUGUUUUCAGGUCUCCAACAACACAAGACAACCAGCACCAACGGCAGGAUAGGCAACUCACAAUUUUCUAUGCCGGAACAGUCAAUGUUUACGAGGUGUCGCCCGACCUGGCAGAAGCCAUAAUGGCGUUGGCUAACAGCGAAAGUAAUUCUACAUCCUCAUUUACCCAUCAAAUUCCCACAAAUACAUGUCCAGCAAAAAUGUCUCCUGUAGACCACACCGAUCAGAGCCACUCUGUCACCCCUAAGCCUGCAAAUUUUCCAUUUUCUCGACAGAAUUCUUUGCAGCGUUUUUUGGAGAAAAGGAAUGACAGGAUCAACGCCAAGACAGCUGGGCAUUCCCAUCUUCACCAUAACUGACCAACUAAAUCCUCUCUAUAUUUUCUGGUUUAGAGGCUCACCCAUAACAGCCGCUAGUUUUCUCUUGUUACAGAGCUUUUAUAGCGGCAUGUACCAUAAUAGCAAAAUAUAUUAAAAGAAAAUUAAUGAAUUCCUUCAUUUCUUUUUU